UAAAGACCCGUCACUAUCGUAUCAUACAAUACAAACGGCACAUUAAAAUUGCCAGACCCUCUGACUCGUACCCACACGCGUAUGCAGAAUCCUUCACGGAUGUGGAGGUGGAAGAGAUGACAUUUACACACAUGUAUGUAUCCAAUGACUAUGUCGCCGAGUUAAAAAGAUGGGAAGACCCGCAGCACACAGUAGAGCACACGCGGGUGGUGCAACUGCCGUUUGUACGACCGAACCCGAUCACUAUAGAGGAGAGGAAGAAGAGGAAG